UCCAUGGCUCAGAGGACCGUCUUGAAGGUUGAUAUUUGGUGCCCAAAAUGCCAGAAGAAGCUCCUCCAAGCAGUCUCUGGAUUAGAAGGUGUGAAUACAAUUGACAUUGACGCAACCAAAGGUUUAUUGACAGUAACCGGUGAGGCAGACCCUUAUGAAAUUAUAGUUCGUGCUAGGAAGGCUUGCAAACACGCUGAAGUGGUGACUAUUGGGCCUCCACCUGCUCCCUCAAAGAAGGCCGGAAAAGAGAAGCCCGAACAAAAGAAGCCCGAUACCAAGGUCCACUCGUCUGACAACUGCCCUACGUGUCAGCGUUUUGCUGUCAUCUAUUUGGACCGGUGGGAAGAGCCCAAUGUUAUAUGCUCUAUCCUGUAACUCCACCCCAUGCCCAUUCAUGAGCAUUUCAUUUUGCAAUUUGGAAAUUUUGAGUGAAA